GUACAGUUCGACAGCCAACGCAGUCUAAAGCAAUUCAAGCAACCAACUCCUCGCCGGAAUCCUUAGAACAACAAUCAUGAAGUGCAUCGCAGCUGUAGUCAUGAUGGCCCUGGCCCUCGCCGUUGCUGAAGGAUCCCUGUACAGCUAUGCUCCGCUGGCGUACUCCCUGCCACAUACCACCGUGGUUCAGGAUAACUCGUACGCUCGUUACAUCGCCGCACCCUGGGGAUAUGCUGCUGCCCCGGCUGCGCUGAGCUAUGCUGCCCACGCUUACCCAACUGCUGCCUACUAUCAGCCUGCUGUGGCCGUUGUGGCCCAGAAGGAAGCCCGCUAUCUGGCCGCCAACCGAGGAGCCGUUCACGAUGCGCCCCUCCCUGGACAUGAAAUCUCCCAGCAGUCGCUCAAUCUGGCCCCGGCUCCAGGUACUCUGUAAAUUUUCGCUCAAAAAAAAAAUGCGACAAAUUUAUUCGAGAUGCAAUUUGGAAUCUGUAAAUAAACUAGUUUGGCUGAAAAUUA